UAAAAUGAGCCGUUUAAAACAGUGGGAUUUAAGUCAGAAACAGGGAGUUCUACCAGAAGCAGCUGACUUUUGAGCAGAAGAAACAGGGAUUAUUAGAGUCAACAUGUUGGGCCGUAUCCACGGUGGAUUGGUCUUUUUAUUGAUCCUCGCUUUGGGGAUGACAUCUUCUUACAUUAUUGAUGACCCAUACCCGUCCAACAAGGAAGAGGAAACACUGGAGGACAUGACUGAUGAGAUGACGAAGUUAGACGAGUUGAGCGUAAGGGGUAUAGACAAAAAACGAGAACAACAACUGAAAAAGCGAGACGACCAGGCAGUGAGGAGGCAAAUUGAAACAAAAGCUGUACUUCUACAGAAAACAUGCUUGCUAGAAGCCAUACAAAAAUUUGGAGCGAGCAAACUGCAGAAAAAAGAAAAAAGGCAGAAACUUGCCUUACGUAAAUUCUACCAAGCAUUACAGCAUGGGAAAAAAUCUCUCCAGCCCGGCAAAGUGUGGCUUGAAGCAAAACAAAGUGAACAGUGCACUAUUUGUGUUAUAGAAAAACUUUGUGAGGAUCAAGGAAUUCUGACAGCACUCAGAGUUACUUCGAGUGGUGAGGAGCGAUUAAAAGAAUGCAAACUGAGAAUUUUUGAUAUAUUUGAAAAAGACGAAUCCCAUGAUGACAACAUAACGUGCAAUGAAAACGCUCGUUUCCGAACAGCCGACGGAACAUGCAACAAUUUAAAAAAUCCUGGACGUGGGUCAGCGGGUGAUCAAUUUCUACGCUUGGUGCCCAAUGCUUACGGAGACUGCGUCUCGUCACUUCGCACAACAAAGGAGGGAGAAGAAUUACCGAACCCGAGGGAAGUGAGUUUCGAAGUUCACGGAAGUAACGCAGACAGAACCAAUCCUGAUUCCCAAUUGCUCACCCACUUGUCGAUGAACUGGGGACAGUUUAUGGAUCAUGACGUCACGCUGGCAGAGUUUCCGGGUAUUAACUGUGAACCUCCAACCGAAGACCCCGAGUGUAUCAACAUUGAAAUUCCAGAGGGUGACAGAAUCUUUCUGGAUCGGGAUAUCCAUGAGAUUGAAAUGGAGCGAGACGCACCUCACAAACCAGAGAAGUUAUGCAGACUGGCUCCACGAGGACACAGCAACGUCAUAACAGCCUAUAUCGAUGCAUCCAAUGUUUACGGCUCAAGCGAGGAGGAAGAGGCGCUGCUCAGGGCCCCAGAUGGGUUAAUGAAAAUUAUGAAACCCGUACAGGGCUGCCCCCUCGGGGACUUUCUACCAGCAGCUCAACCCGGCACGUUUUGCCCGUCAUUGGAUGACAAUACACCUUGCUUUUUGGCAGGAGACGAGCGCGUAAACGAAAACCAAGGUCUCAUGUCAGUUCAUACUCUGCUAAUACGUGAGCACAAUCGAAUCGCAACUUUCUUCGGUAAAAAGACUUUAUGGGGCCCAGAGCGAAUUUACCAAGAAACAAGGAGAAUCAUUGGUGCGUACCUGCAACGCAUCACAUACGCUGAAUUUCUGCCCUUAAUUUUGAGCACAAGGACGAGGAGAGACUUUGACCUGAUUCUGGAAAGAGGGACAAAUUAUUUUGAAGGCUAUGACCCAGAAGUUCACCCCCAAAUAACCCAGGUCUUCUCAACGGCUGCAUACCGCUUUGGCCACAGUUUGGUUCAAGAAGAGUUCAGACGUUUUACUCAAGAUGGCUUUGAACACAAUUGUGGCAAAAAUUCAAAGGCAGAGUUCCCCGACAUCCCAGUAAAGACGUUUGGCGAUCCAACUUUCCUUUAUCAACUGUGUAACGGAGGACUUAAUUCUAUUUUUAGAGGCCUGAUGAAAGACCCUGCUGCAAAAGUUGAUGGGCGUUUUUCCAGUGCGGUGCAAGAACAGCUCAGGCGAGGUGCGGGCGAUACGUCUGAUCUCAUAGCCCUCAACAACAACAGAGGUCGUGAACGUGGUGUUGCCGGCUACACAGUUUACCGUAACCUCGAUUUGUGCAACAUUCAACCUAAGGUAAACAGUUUCGGCGACCUUUUGAAAGCUGGCUUCGAUCCCAAGGACGUACAAAACUUAAAAAAAGUGUACAAACACGUUGAAGACAUCGAUGUUUUUACCGGAGCAAUGUUGGAACCCGAUAUGGUCAGCGGAGGACUCUUGGGGCCAACCGCGCAGUGUCUAAUAGCAAACGGGUUCCAACGCCUUCGACUGGGAGAUCGUUUUUGGCAUGAAAACGCACCAAAUGAAACCCUUAACACCGAUAGAACAGCAUUUACACGAUGCCAACUUCGCGAAAUCAGAAAAAUCAGGAUUUCCAAGAUUAUCUGUGACAACAUGGACAUCCCUUCUGUACCGAGGUUUGGAUUUAUACAGUCAAAAGUACGUGUUCCCUGUGAAAAGCUCCCAGAAGUGGACCUCGAGGUGUUCACAACAAACAGAUGCAAUAUCCCAGCCCGUAGCGAUAGCGUGAGCAACGAUGCUGGAGUGGAUGACUAUCACCUCAACGAUGAGUUGUAAAGGUCACACCGGUGGAAACAUAAGAAAGAAGACCCAUUUUUGUCAUGCAUUUCAUUUUACAUUCUUCAAAUUAAGUUCAUAAUUUAAACGAUGCAUUUUUUGUGCUAAACUGAUUACGUUUCCUGUAGUUGAUUGGAUAGCCACAAUUUCCGCAAUGUUGUUUGUCUUAUUUUAACGUUAAGAGAAGCUUAGUUUUCUUAAAUGUACUCCUCUACCUUCAUGGUUUUUUCCUCACCAUAAAUGUCAGUCUGUUGCGAUUUCGAUCUCUGGCUUUAGGAUUACCAAUUAUAGGUUUCAUUAAAAGGUGCGUAUUGCUUAUCAAAAAUAUCAGCUAACGACGCAUUCAACCGACCAAAUGCACAUAAAAUGUGUUAAUAAUUUUAAAGGCCAUUGCGGUCUCUUUUUAUUUUAUUAUCAUUUUCAUAAUAUCUGGAACAAGUUCAAUUUAGUAACCAUCCGGGAAUAAGUACAUCGAUGCUUUGUAAUCAUGUCUGAAUACAUAAUAAAAUAAUGAUGAAAAAUCCUGUA